UGUCUCGCCACAGGCGUCCCUUUCAUAGUCAAGCGCAGAGCAGUGCUUGGUGAAAAAAUAAAGCCUGUCGUCAACUGGCCGUUGUAAACGUCAGGGCCUUGGUGACUGGAACAGCGAGCUGCGUUUUUAUCGACGAGGACCACAUUAAUUUAAUAAACCAACCAACGACAUCAUGUUCAACCACCACCACCAGCAGCAGCAGCAACUCCACCAGCACCUGCGGCAGCUCCAGCAGCUUUUCCAGCACCAGCAGCCCCCUCCCCCGCCGCCACCUCCGCCCCCGCCGCCGCCGCUGCCCGCGGCCUCCUCCCACCACCUGCCCCACCACCACCAAGCAGGCCGGCCCUUGGCUGCUGCAGCCUCAGCACCACCUCCACCCCCUCCACCUCCUCGUAUGGUCAACUUGUGCUCUGCCACCCCUGCAACCAUCAUUGCCACAAAUCCCAUGCUUCAGGGGGCCCUGCUGAUGCAGCAGAUGCAAGGAAACUUGAGGGGCUUUGCAGUGGCUGGGCAGCAGUUUACACAGUUCUUCCCAGCUGGGGCAAGGCCUUCUCUCCUUGGCCCAGCUCCUAUGGGUGUGGCUAUCAAGACACCUCACAUGGGAUUCCCUCCACGCCACUACCACCCACAUACACGCUAUUUUAACAAGGACCUUACUGCUCGCCUUCCGGAGAGGAAACGUGAGAGUGAGCAGAGAGAGCUGGGACGCACUGAUGCCCAACCUGGAGGAAGCAGCUCAGAGGGAGAAUCUAAUGAAAGAGCUGUCAGUACAGAGGAAGUAGCAGAGGCACUUGACAGUGACAGUCAGUCCUCCAAACAGCAGGAAGGCGAGCCUGCUUUGAAGAAACAGAGGACCGAAGGGCAAGAGGCUCAGGUUGAGGAGCCUUCAGGAGUGGCUGAUGGUCCAAGGUCAAAUUAUGACGGCCUAGAAGAAGAGACAGAACCUGGAGACUGCCUCCUAGAGGAGGGAGGAAGCGCUGCUGGCACAGAAGCUGUGGAAUUUGUGGAAGAAAGCAGGGCAACUGAGGUCUUAGGAGUGGGAGCAUCCUUAAAAGUUACUAUCCAGCAAAGUAAUGAGAGCCGAGCUUUUAGCACGGGGCUGGAAGAGCUGGGUGGCCCUGCAGCAGGUACUGCAGGUACCCAGGGUGAGAGCAAGGACCCUAGCCGAGAGGGUGCCAACAAGUUCUUCUGCUAUAUUUGCAACAUCACUUGCCACAACCAGCAGAACUUCCAGAGCCACAUGAAUGGCCUGACGCACCAGCAACGAAUGAUGGAGAUCCAGCACAUGAGUAACGCCUGCCUGGUCACUUUGCUGCCACGUGUCCAGGAGUCAUUGCAGGGAGCACGCAAAGAUGGAGAGAAAAGGCCCAACCUCCAGCGAUGGUGUGCCACUUGCCAGAGUCAUUUCUCUGGGGACCUCAUUGAACACCGAAGGACAAAGGAGCACAAGCUCUCCAAGCACUCCUCACGACCCUUCUGCACUGUCUGUAGACGGCACUUCAGAACACCCCGCAAGUUUGUGGAGCAUAUGAAGUCUCCAGAGCACAAGCAGAGGGUGGAGGAGCUGCGGGAAGAGGGUGGCCCUGAGGUUCUGGAGGAGCUGAUCACUGUUGAUGCAGUGGGCUGUUUUGAAGGAGAAGAAGACUAUGAAGAAGAGCUGAAUGAGGAAGAAGAAGGGGAUGAAGAGGUCCAAGGCCAGGCAGGGCAGUCCACCCAUAAGGAGGUUGCAUUGGAAGACAUGGUAGAUGGUGAGCAGUAUGAUGCAGACACUCAGUACGGCUCCAGCUUUGUUGUCCCGGUGGCUGGGUUCCUCUGCAGGCUUUGUCACAAGUUCUACCACUUUGAGUCCACAGCCAGACUCUCUCACUGCAAGUCUCUCAUGCACUUUCAGAACCUGCAGAAGUAUCGAGCCCUAAGAAACCAGGGAGAUGGUGUUGCAGAGGAUACAGUUGAAGAUGGAAACUGUAACAGCACAGUGGAUGACCACAGAGACCUUAAAGGGCAAGAUGGAGCCACCAGCAUACUGGAAGAUAAGGGCAGAGGUCAAGUGACUGACAACCCAUUGACUUCUGACUCAGCACCCGUAGAGAGCCAUAUACCCACCCUCAGUCCUCAUGCCAUGCUAGAAGAGUGGCAUGGCACUAAUAAAGGUGAAAUAUUACAAUCUGAGAGUGUAAAUGUUCACAGUACUCCUCUGUCCACGUCCUCAGCUGUAAGACAAACUACAGCAAGGUCCUGCUCCAGUGAGGGCACUGGUGGUCUGUCUUUGGGCCCCAGAGAGCAACACCACAUGGCUGGACCUGAGACCUCAGAACUCUCAGGCGUUUCCUCACCUAAAUGCAAAGAUGAAGUGGACGCGAACCCCCAGCUAACAGCUUUAGGCCCACGCGACCUCCAGGGCAUGGAUGGGGAAGUGCUGUUAACUGCCGGAGAGCAGGAGGAGGAGGUAGAGGAGGCUGUAUCCGACGAGAAGCCAGCAACGGGACGCAAACCAGCAGUUUCUAGGAGAAGAUCUACACGGACUGCUCGAAGACGCUGAGAGAUGCUGGAGAGCUCAAAGCACAUAUUUCCACUAGUGUAGUGGAGGGCAUUUUUGAUGGAAUCCUCUUCAAUGUGGAGUCCCUCAAGUGACAAAUCAGUUAUAAAGAACCGGGAAGCUGUGUUUAACAUUGGGGGGGGGGGGGGUCUGCCAUAAUUUUAGCAAUUUUUGUUUAAGGAAGGAGGUGCAUUGGAUUUUAAGAAAAGGGUUUAAAUUCAAAUUUAAAGGGAAGGGAGGACCAACAUGUCACCUGUAGUUAAUGAAACUUGAAACGUGAAGGAAAACACAGGAGUAUUGUAAAUUAUGAACAUUUGCUUUUGGGACUGGAAUUGCUCAUUUACAUUGUCACCUCAAUCAUACUUUUUAGAAAGUAGCUGGGUUGUGUUUCUGUAGUGCAAGAGGAGCAUGGAGGAAAAUCUGCUUCCUAGUCAAGCUCCAUGUGCUUUUAAUAAGCUUUAGAAUGUAGCUGCACCCAAGGGUGGUCACGAUUCUGUUAAAUGACCAUUCUGCAAUGAAUAAAAGUUACUGAAAUGUUAGUGCUAUUGUCUUUCUGAACAAGGAGAAGGAAUGCCAUGUGACAUUCCAUCUGCAAUACAGUAGCAGGCUGUCACAGCUCAGGAGAAUUUGUGUAAAAGGUCAGAGCCGUAUGCAGUCAGUUU